GUCCCUUAUCGGGUCCAGGGAUCUUUGCAUGGACCCCUGGACUCCUCAAUACCGUGCUAACUUCUGGAUGGUAAUGAAGAACGGAUUGUGCUUGGAUGCCGAGGCUGCAUGCAUGGAGACCAUUGAUGAUCACAUGGCCCGCUGGCGCCCAACAUAGAAGAAGUGUACUAGCAGCGACUUGCCUUUGUUAGGCCCAUAUAAGAACAUGAGGGUUAGUGUUGACUUCUGUUCCUUGGUGCCCUUGAGUACAAUGUCCAGUCUUACCUUGCCCUAUGCGCCGCAUUACGUUGCAGCACCUCCUACAAAGGAAAUUUUGGAGUAUGCUGACCUUGCGAUCAUCGACAUUUCGAAAGCCGCCACCGAAGAAGGUCGCGCAGCGCUCGCAAUUGAAUUAAGGGAGGCUCUCCUCAACCAUGGGUUCUUCUGUGUCGUGAAUCAUGGAUAUUCGCAAGCCCAAACAGCUCGCAUGCUUGACAUUGCGGAUAUGCCCUUCUCGACCGUCCACGAUGACGAGAAGCAGAUUUAUAUGUCAACAAGAAAAGAGUCAGUUCACGGAUAUACAUUACUGCCAUACACGGAUGUCGAUGGUAGAGUACGCGACCAGCUUCAGCAAUACUCCACCAAUUGCGAUGUGACCGAGCGAGGACACCCAGAAGCCCUCCGUCCUCUUCUCCCAGAGAUCCAGGAGUUUAGCAAACACAAUCACUUCAACGUGUUGCAUCCUAUCCUAAGGCUUAUUGCACGCUGCCUCGAGCUGCCGGAAGAUACACUGGUGAACAACCAUGACUAUGAUGCCGUUGGCGAGACAGCUGUCACGUUCCUCAAGUACCACCCACGAACAGAGGAAGAAGAAACCGAAACAAAGAACGUUUGGCUGAAGGGGCACACGGACUUGGGAAGCAUUACGAUUCUGUGGAGUCAGCCUGUCGCUGCACUUCAAAUUCAGACCCGUGAAGGCGAAUGGCGUUGGAUCCGUCAUCUGGAAAAUGCGCUUGUUGUCAAUGCAGGCGAUGCAAUGGACUUUCUUUCCGGCGGGUACUACAAGGGCACGAUUCACCGUGUUGUGCAGCCCCCAGUGGACCAGCGGAACUAUACUCGCCUUGGACUAAUCUACUUUAGCAUGCCCAACGACAAUAUCAAGUUGGUGCCGAUGGUUGAAAGCCCAGUCUUGAAGAGAGUGGGAAUCCAGAGACGUUGCGAUGAUAGCGAGGCACCGACGAUGGAACAAUGGAGGAAAGCGAGGUCAGCCGUAGAAGAGGAGAUCAUUAAUGGGGUGGUAGUUAAGCAUUACAACUGA